CCACAGAAGCCCAAGUCAAACAGGGUCCAAGAAUCUACAGGGUGGGCAGGUGGGGUGGAAGAAGGCCCCACUGCCCAAGAGGUGCCCCACCAGUAGGGGGCCCGCCCCCUCCCCUGGCCUGCCCCACCCACUGGGGCACCAGCCACUCCCUGGAGAGGAGGGAGGAGGGAGAGGGGAGGGAGGGAGGGAAGGAGGAAGGGAGCCUCAAAGGCCAAGGCCAGCCUGGACACCCCCUGGGAUCACAUUGAGCUCGUCACAUCCCCAAAGCAGCUGAACCCUCCGCACCAACCAGCCCAGGUCAAACCCCAGAGGCCCCAUGGAGUUCCCUGGCCUCGGGGCCUUGGGGACCUCCGAGCCCCUACCCCAGUUUAUGGACCCUGCCUUGGUAUCUUCACCACCAGAAUCGGGGGUCUUCUUUCCCCCCGGGUCUGAGGGCUUGGAUACAGCAGCCUCCUCCACUGCCGCCAGCACUGCCACGGCUGCAGCUGCCGCACUGGCCUACUACAGGGACACUGAGGCCUACAGACACUCCCCAGUCUUUCAGGUGUACCCACUGAUCAACUGUAUGGAGGGGAUCCCCGGGGGCUCACCAUAUGCUAGCUGGGCCUAUGGCAAGACCGGGCUCUACCCUGCCUCAACUGUGUGCCCCACCCGUGAGGACUCCUCUCCCCAGGCCUCAGAAGAUCUGGAUGGGAAAGGGGGAAGCAGCUUCCUGGAGACCUUAAAGACGGAGCGGAUGAGUCCAGACCUCUUGACACUGGGGACUGCACCACCUUCAAUUCCAGUCCCUAGCAGUGCCUACGGGGGUCCUGACUUUUCUAGUACCUACUUUUCUCCCACUGGGAGCCCCCUCAAUCCAGCACCUUAUUCUUCCCCUAAGCUUCGUGGAACUCUGCCCCUAACCCCCUGUGAGGCCAGAGAAUGCGUGAACUGUGGAGCAACGGCGACACCAUUGUGGCGGCGGGACAGGACAGGUCACUACCUGUGCAAUGCCUGUGGCCUCUAUCACAAGAUGAAUGGGCAGAACAGGCCCCUCAUCCGACCCAAGAAGCGCCUGAUUGUCAGCAAAAGGGCAGGGACCCAGUGUACCAACUGCCAGACAACCACCACGACACUGUGGCGGAGAAAUGCCAGCGGGGACCCUGUGUGCAACGCCUGCGGCCUCUACUACAAGCUACACCAGGUGAACCGACCACUGACCAUGAGGAAGGAUGGUAUCCAGACUCGAAAUCGCAAGGCUUCUGGGAAAGGGAAAAAGAAACGGGGAUCCAGCCUAGGAGCUACAGGAGCAGCAGAAGGACCAUCUGGCGGCUUCAUGGUGGUGGCUGGGGGCAGCAGUAGCGGGAAUUGUGGGGAGGUGACCUCAGGCUUGACAUUGGGCCCACCUGGUACUGCCCAUGUCUACCAAGGCCUGGGCCCUGUAGUGCUGUCAGGGCCUGUGAGCCAUAUCAUGCCAUUCCCAGGACCCCUGUUGGGCUCACCCACAGGCUCCUUCCCCACAGGCCCUGUGCCUCCCACCACCACCACCUCUGUGGUGGCCCCACUCAGCUCAUGAGGGCACAAAGAAUGGCCUCAGGGCAGGUCUGGUGUUCCCUCCCCAUUUCUAGCCAGCAGUGUGUCCCACCCAACCUUCUGGGACCUAGAAAAACCUUGGGCUGGACCUUCAAAGCUUCUGUAAAAUAAAACCACCAGAGUCCUGAAA